CGUCCACCAUUCGCGAAAGACAGAAAGAGUCCUUUCAUUCUACCCCCACACCACAAUAUCAUCUCCGUCUCUCUCCCGUGGCUGCUGUAACCACAACGGUGCGACUCUUCUAACCUCUACGGUACGACUGCUUUGCUCCUGAUCUCCCUCUCCUCUUGUGUUCGUUGCCAUCAGUCGCAUAAGGAAGCUAUCACUGAGCUUUGAGUAAUUGAAAAACCCCAAAUAAGAUUAGGAUGUCGGGCAGGAAAGAAACAGUAUUGGAUCUCGCCAAGUUCGUGGACAAAGGUGUACAAGUAAAGCUCACUGGUGGUAGACAGGUAACAGGGACUUUAAAAGGAUAUGAUCAGCUGUUGAACCUUGUUCUGGAUGAAGCAAUAGAAUUUCUUAGAGAUGCUGAUGAUCCCUUAAAGACAACUGAUCAGACCAGAAGCCUUGGUUUAAUAGUUUGUAGAGGGACUGCUGUGAUGCUUGUGUCUCCAACUGAUGGUACAGAUGAGAUUGCCAACCCUUUUAUCCAGCCAGAUGGAGCUUAGAUAGGUCUCUACUCAUAUUAGCUGACCUUAAUUUCCUAUUCAAUUUUAACUCUCAGACUAUUGAUUGGGAUGUUUUUGUGACAUCAUUUGUCAAAUUUUAACUCUUAGAUCGUGUCAUAUUGGGUCUCUACUGAGUAGUAGAGACCCGGAAAUGUUACACAUGGUAUCUCAGCUAGAUGAAUGAGAUUCGGAUAGACGAGUGGUCACUUUUAUUGUAAGCUUGUUGUAUCAGAUGGCUUCCUGCAAAUUUCAAAACUCAACAGAAGUUAUCACAUACAAAUAAUUUGUCAAUUUAAACUGCCACAAUCGAAAGCAGUAUAAUUUUCCUGGAA